AUGGCACGAAUCCGCGACGACGACCCAAUCUCCUGCUCUCUGACUGACCGUCCCUCCAGUCACCGCGUGGUCGCCACGGCCCUGAAGUCACACACCAGACCCAGGUUCACUAGAACAGCGGUGGAGAUCAUUGCCACCACGAUUAUCUCCCAGCCCAGCACCACAGAUACCGUCCCAAUGGAGACCCCGAGCACCCAAUGGCAAAGUGAAGAUUCACAAAAUCCAGAUCCGUCGCCCUCAACUGUGAAUGAGGUCGAUCUCAGCACAAGUGCAGGCUCGACAGCAGUCGAAACCUCAAGCCCGACUCCUCUGUCACCGUCUACCUUGUCUGUGCAGGCGACAUCUCUGUCCAUGACCACCGUGGUUAUGUCGUCGCCCUUCCCGUCGCCCAGCUCCACUGUAUCUUUCACUUCCUCACCCACGUCGACCGCCUCAUCUACGUCCUCCACUGUGAACACCCUCGCCUCACCACCGUCCUCUGCCUACACCACGGGCAUCUACAUCGCUCUGGGGAUAUUCUUGUUCUUCGGCAUCUUGUGUGCUUUGGUCACCACACCUAUCACUGCAAACACGAUCAAGGGAGUUUUCAGGAGGCGAGGAAGAGCAAGUGAACAGUGA